AUGUCCGCCUUCGCAGAUGGGACGGCAGGCCAACGCGCUCGUGGUGGCGGAAAGCGCAACGGCGGCAGGGCUGCCGCGGCCAAGGGCGGUCCCUCGGGCAGGCAGUCGGAGGAUGCGGAUGGGGGCGACGAGGGGGAUCAUGCCGAGCCGGUCACUACCCGUGGUGGCGGAAAGCGCAACGGCGGCAGGGCUGCCGCGGCUAAGGCCGAUCCCUCGGGCAGGCCGGCGCAGGAUGCGGAUGGAGGCGACGAGGGGGAUCAUGCCGAGCCGGAAGCUCGUGGUGGCGGAAAGCGCAACGGCGGCAGGGCUGCCGCGGCCAAGGGCGGUCCCUCGGGCUUGCAGGAUGCGGAUGGGGGCGACGAGGGGGAUCAUGCCGAGCCGGUCACUACCCGUGGUGGCGGAAAGCGCAACGGCGGCAGGGCUGCCGCGGCCAAGGGCGGUCCCUCGAGCUCGCAGGAUGCGGAUGGUGGCAACGAGAAGGAUCAUGCCGAGCCGGAAGCUCGUGGUGGCAGCAUGCGCAACGGCGGCAGGGCUGCCGCGGCUAAGGGCGGUCCCUCGGGCAGGCAGUCGCAGGAUGCGGAUGGUGGCGACGAGAAGGAUCAUGCCGAGCCGGAAGCUCGUGGUGGCGGCAUGCGCAAAGGUGGCAGGGCUGCCGCGGCUAAGGCCGAUCCCUCGGGCAGGCCGUCGCAGGAUGCGGAUGGAGGCGACGAGGGGGAUCAUGCCGAGCCGGAAGCUCGUGGUGGCGGCAUGCGCGACGGCGGUAGGGCUGCCGCGGCCAAGGGCGGUCCCUCGGGCUCGCAGGAUGCGGAUGGUGGCGACAAGAAGGAUCAUGCUGAGCCGGAAGCUCGUGGUGGCAGCAUGCGCAACGGCGGCAGGGCUGCCGGGGCUAAGGGCGGUCCCUCGGGCAGGCAGUCGCAGGAUGCGGAUGGUGGCGACGAGAAGGAUCAUGCCGUGCCUACAUGCCGUGGCGUUAACGAUCAUGACGAGGACGAGCCAGCAGCAGUGACUGAUGGGAAAGAUGGACAUUCAAGCGACAGUGAGUCGGGCAGCUCAUCCGGGAUUGAGGAGGUAUACGAGGACGAGGAUGAGGAGGAGGAGGACAAGGAUGAUGAGGAGUUGGAGCCGGAGAGCAAGGAUGGGGAGGAGGCCCGGCCUUUGAAGAGGAGGAGUGUGCGGAAGCUCAAGAAGGGCAACGCUAAGCAAAAAUCGGAGAGGGGACAGGUGAAGAGCUGUAAACAUAGUGUGCGUCGUGCCAAACCACAUGGCAAGCGCCAGAGACCUCGAUUCGAAGCUAAAAUUGUGGGUGUGCAUAGCAAGGCGAAGCGGGAGUUGAAUUUUUACGAGUCCAUGGGGAUACGAUGUACAUCAAGCUCUCAUGAUCGGCAAGCCGCGGACCCGUACGCUGCGUUACGCAAUCUGAUGGGUCCGGCUGGGAAGGGAGAUCAGAUGGCUUGGGGGUCAGCGCGGUUUGGCAGGGAAGCGACGGACCCGCCCCCCAACCAUAUGGGGGGUCGCGCGGUUCAUGUGAAAAACGAGGGGGCAACGAGGCGGCACGAACCCUCGGCAGCUGCAGCAGCGAAUGACGGUGUGGGAGGAGGUGUGUGGGCGAAUGCCUUGGGUGAAUGUGGCGGCGGUGUGGAAGGCUCCAUGUGGGAUGUACGAGAGAGCAGGAGAGAAGGGGGGGACGAGAAAAUGGAUCCGGCGACUAAGGAGGGGAGGGGAGAGAGCAUGGGCACACCUGGCGCAUCCAGUCGGCCGGAUGUGGCUGGUGGCAGGACUGUGGAGCAGCUCAUGCAAGAGCUUGCCCAGCGGGAUCGCGAAAUCGCUGCACUCAAGGCAAGGCCAGGAUCAGAAGGACCUGUCAAGCCCUGCACCCCUCCAUCUAGGCCUCCUCCUCUAGCGUCUCUGUCGAGCGGCCCAUCUGUAGGGGGCCUCGAUCCAGGCGUGGCGCCAGAAAGCCCAGCGACGGUAGACGUACCGGUCCAUCGAACGCGUGGGAUGCCCACACCCAAGCUGCUGAAGCCCCUGUUCCUGGUGCUGGUGGUGGUGUGGGUGUCAUGCGGCGGAGGGAUAGCUAAGAAUAGCAAGCCCAUGUUCAUGGUGCUGGGGGUGGUGUGGGUGUCAUGCGGCGGAGGGAUAGCUAAGCAUAGCAGUCAUCCUUCAUCACACUCCCCUCUCUCUCCCAUCCCUCCCCUCCCUCUGCGAGAGCCCCUGUUCAUGGUGCUGGGGGUGGUGUGGGUGUCAUGCGGCGGAGGGAUAGCUAAGCAUAGCAGUUAUCCUUCAUCUCACUUCCCUCACUCUCCCAUCCAUCCCCUCCCUCUGCGAGAGCCCCUGUUCAUGGUGUUGGGGGUGGUGUGGGUGUCAUGCGGCGGAGGGAAUAGAGGAAGCCGUAUCCGUCAACCCCACGCGGCCCCCUUUCUGUCCGCCGCUCCUCCCUCCCCUCUCUAUCCCGUCCCUCUCCCUCCUCGUCCGGAGCCACUAGCUCCUGUUCAUGGUGCUGGUGGUGGGGUGGGUGUCAUGCGGCGGAAGCCCAUGUUCAUGGUGCUGUUGUUGCUCUCCCCUUCCCUCCCGCCAUCCCGUUCUCUCCCUCCCUCCAUUUCUCUUCAGCCCUCCCCUUCUCUCCCGCCCUCCAUGUCUCUCCUGCCCUCCCCCUCUCCCCUGCCCUCCCCUUCUCUCCUGCCCUCCCCUUCUCUCCCGCCCUUCCCUGCUCUACUGCCCUCCAGCCAACCCUCCGUUCAUUCUAUACCGCCCUCCACUUCGUCCAUACCCUUUGGACAACCCCUAACCAUGUCGUGCAUGAUCUUUGUCCCCGCCUUGUCUUGCGUGCGCGCAGGAGGGAAUCAGCGGGUCAGCUCGUGGGGAAACAGCAGAGACGGGCUCCCGUUUGCCAACGGCCGGUUUGUCGAUGCGAUUGACCAAGGCUUGGCAAAGGUUAAGAAGACCGACUGGAACGUCUCGAACUCCCACCGGAAGAACACCGAGUGGAUGACGAGUUUGCACCAAAAUGUGCGGUGGAUUAUCAAGGACCACUUCACACGCCACACCCCCGUGUACAACACAGUCGUGCAGGGCUUCAAGUGGGGCGACCGUGGCCUGUAUGUUCACGAGUCAGGAUUUGAGGCGUUCAAGGGGACGGCCGCGCCUGACGAGGAGAAGAAGGACUUGAAGGAGGAAGAGCAGGAGGUGCACGACGCGGAGGACUUGAAGACGGAUGACGAGGAGGAUGACGAGGAUCAGGAGGAGGACGAGGAGGAGGAGGAGGAGGAGGACGAGGAGGAGGAGAAGGAGGAGGAGGAGGAGGAGGAGGAGGAUGAGGAGGAGGAGGAACAGAGCGAAGGAGGGGCAAAAGACACAAGAGUGGCAAACGCCGGGGAGGCAAGAGGGUCAAGCGAUGGGGCGACUAAACAAGGGGGGCAGCAGAUGAGGCAUGAGUGGAGUUUACAAGGGGAGGCAGCAGGAUAG